CCCAUUAUUGUAAGGACAAACUUUUUGGAGCCCAUAACACACACAGCACACUUUAUAGCUUUUAUAUCGUCGUGUUCCAUUUCCACGCCGCUCCUGUACAUUGUAUUUUUAUUUCGUUUGUUUUGGUUCUCUCUAAUAUUAUAUAUUAUUAUAUUAUAUUAUACGUCGUCAUUAUUAUUUGUUUAUUUUUUAUUCAUACACCGGUAUCUAUAUUUUAAUUUAUUUUCUGUUUGUAACGUAUUUGAUUUUUCACCGUUAUCGCUGACCCGCCAAAAUAUUUACAACACGCCGAUCCAAACGCGCGGAAAAUCGUAUUUUUAAUCGUGACGAAAAAAUGCAUGCUAAACACCGAUCGUUUUAUAAUUUAACCGCCACAGUUUUUCGUUGUACGGUAUUCGAUUUUUGUUGAAGCGAUUUUUUUUUUUAACCAUCACUCUAAUUAAUUAAAUCACCGCGGUUUUUGUUUUGUUUGUUUGGUUUUUAUUUCAUUUUAUUUUUAUCAAAACACACAUUAUUUUAAACACAGUUCAUUGAAGUCUACUCGUCAUUCAAACGAUUUCUCAGGACCAACAUAAUCGAUCCAAAAUCAUCUGUGUCCACGGAGCACUAAAUCGACGUACACGAAAAAGGGGCGGAUUUCGCGUGCCCGACCAAGUGAUCGCGACGACCGUCACCAGCACCAGCACCAGCAAAAGCAGAACAUCCAACGCCAUCAGCAGCAGCAGAACCGUCAACCGUACAGGUACCGGAAAAACCGCGAUCGCGGUUGGAUCAGCGAGUGCGAUACAGCAGUCAGCAGCGAAUCGGUCAGCAACCACCGGACGACACGUCUACCGUUGACCGUAGGACGGUUGCUCGUCGACGACCACCGUUGCUACCAACAAUACUAUCAUCAGCACUGUCGAUAUCCGCACCAACAACAGCACCGCUACCGGAUUGACGGCGACGAUGACGGCGUGCCGCGACGUUGCACUUGUCGGUGGCCACUAGAAGCCGCGCCACACGGCAGUCCAGCGGUACACCUCACCGGUGUGUAAUUACGGUACAUCGAACACCACACAUUCUCGCAACCGCGGUCCAGUGUCAGCGGCCGGCAAAGUGGAGGGCAACUGCGGCGACCUGUUGAACAUGAGCUCGUACUUUGCCAACUCGUACAUGCCGUCCGACAUGCGGAACGGCGGAGGCGGUGGCAGCGGCGGAGGCGGCGUGCUCGGCGGCGUCGGCGGAAUCGUCGGCGGCGGAGGCGGAGGCGGCGGCGGCGGCGGUGGCGGUGGCGUGGUCAUGGAUCACCACCACCACGGUCAGCAGCACUACGUGGACAACGCGCCGUGCGACCCGACCGCCCGGCAGGGCAUACCACCGCACCACUACGUCGGGCCCACCGUCGGCGGACAGCCGCCCCAGGGCAUGCCGUACCCGCGGUUCCCGCCCUACGACCGGAUGGAAAUCCGGCAAGCGGCCGCGGCGGCCGGCUACUACAACAACCACCACCAGUCGUCCAUGGACGGCUACAGCAGGCCCGAAUCACCCAUCGGCGGUGGCCUGGUCGGCGGCGGCGGCGGCGGCGGCAUGGGACAGAUGACCAUGAACGGCCACACGCCCGUCGUGUACGCCACGUGCAAGCUCCAGGCCUCGGUGGCCAACGGUCUCGUUGAGCCGGGAAGCCCCACCGACAUGGUCGACAUGACCAACCACCACCAGCAGCAGCAAAUGACGGCCGCCGGUCACCACCAUCACCAGCAGCAGCAGCAGCACCACCAUUCGGCGCCGCCGCCACAGUCGCAUCAUCAACAGCAGCAGCAGCAACAGCAGGCGUACUUCAGCAAUCUGAGUCCGCACCACCACCAACAGCAACAGCAGCAGUCCGUCGUCCCGCCGGCGCCCGGACACCACAACCAGGUCGUGGUCAACCCGCACCAGCAGACGCCACCGCUGCAGACGCCCACCGCUCAGAAUCAACAGGCGGUCAACAACAACUCGUUGCCGAGUCCACUGUACCCGUGGAUGCGAAGCCAAUUCGGUCCAGACUCAGAGCGGAAACGCGGCCGGCAAACGUACACCAGGUACCAGACGCUGGAACUGGAAAAGGAGUUCCAUUUCAAUCGGUAUCUGACCCGAAGGCGGCGGAUCGAGAUCGCGCACGCGCUGUGCCUGACAGAGCGGCAGAUAAAGAUAUGGUUCCAGAACAGGAGGAUGAAGUGGAAAAAAGAGAACAAGACCAAGGGCGGCGACGGCCAGGGCGGCGACGGUAGUGAUAUCACGCCGCAGACAUCGCCGCAGUGAUUACGCCGCGACUUCUCGUCAUUUUAUUAAUAUUAUAAUUAUUAUUAUUAUUAUAAUUAUUAUUGUUGUUGUUACUGUUGUACUUGUACGCGCGCGUGUGUGUGUAGAGGUGAAAAGGCCCAUAGUUUUCCGUGUGCCGUACGCGUGUGUGCGUGUUGCAAAGUGUCUUUUGGGCGCGCGCACUUUCGAUUGUGCGUGAUGUUUGUGUUAGCGUUUGAGUGUGAAUAAAUACGCGCGCGCCCGGUCCAUGGUCGCUCUGGCGAGAUGCAGGACGAUUAUGGACUUUGACAUUUAUCGUAUAUACUUUAAAAAAAUAUUCCAAAUGAUAAUAAUAAUAAUUAUAUACUAUCGCUCUGUAUAAACAUUAAUAUUCAUUAUAAUAUUGGUCAUCAUCAUAUUACAAUAUGUUGUUACUGCGAAUACAGAGCGGGGUUUAGGUGGUAAACAAUAAUAUUUUUUUAAUCAAUAAUCUUCUUAUUGCAUAUUGAAAGAAUAAAACAUAAUAUAACACAACAAAAUGUUGAUAUUUCGUUCUGGGUAUAUUAUCUAUAUACGCAUAAAACGUAUCUUAAAUAAAUUUUUCAUUUUUUGAAAAUAGGAAAACGUCUUUUUAUCAAUUUUUAUCAUACCGACGGCAAUACUAUAAUAUAUAAUUACGUGUAAAAUUUUCCCUCGCUUAGGAAACUUAUUCUAAGAUUGUGUCUAAGUCAUUAUGUCGUAGGUUUUUUUUUAGUUCUCGUUUAAGUUUUAUUUAGUUCUAAGCAAACAAAUAAUAACGAUAGAAAUGAUGACGUAAUAUUUUUUUUCCAAAUAUCCAAAGAAAAAUGACAUAAUGCUCGCUGGUUUACCAAGAAGUAGUUAUUCACGCGUGUACCCCCCACACACACACUCAUACACACAAAUAUAAAUAUAUACGAUAUGGAUAUUAUAAUUACAAUAAAAAUACACUAAGUAAUAUAUUAUAUCGUAAUCAUUUUUUAAGAUAUUUUGUUACGAGCGUAUCGUUGCAGUCAAUGAUAUGCGCUCGGGAUCUCAAAACCAGCUCAAAUAACACGUUCUCGAUAAUAAUAAUGUGUAUCUAACAUAUUUGCCUUAUCUUAAUAUACGUGUUGUACACAAUACAUAAUAUAUAUAUGUAUAUAUAUCUAGACAUAUUGUGUAUCAUAUUAAUUUGUAUAUAAUAUGUGUGUUAGUGUUUGUCUGUGUGUGUGUGUGUGUGUGUGUGAUUAUGUCUCUAUAUAUAUAUCGGUUUAAAAUUCCAGGACCAGUUGUUGUUUGUUUGUUUUUAUUUUUUAUUCAACUAAUAGUGCCAUUAGGAAUUAGACUGGUGCCGCAAUUCGCGUCCGAUACGGUGAAGGCGGUGUGAUCUUAUUUUCGCAAUCACAGCAUUCGUCAUAAUAACACUGCAUGUGUCUUGUGUGUGCACCGCUAAUUGUUUUUACUGUCGUUGGACUCCGUCGUUAAAACUUUAAAUCACUAUGCGUAUAAUAACAUAUUAUUAUACAUUAUUAUAUAGGUACUUGUUGUUUUGGCCACGACCUUCGGUCACACGAAUACCGUAUAACCAACCGCUGCCGCCACCACAGUAAAUAUUUAAAUAAUAAAUACCUGCGAUAUUGUAUACAAUAUUAUAAUGUCAGUUUUUUCGUGUAUAUUGAAUAAAACGUGGAAUGGGGCUCGGGGAAUCGCGCGCGCGAUCGGACGCGGAAUUGCGGUGAAAUAACAAUGAUAAUAAAAUUAUAUAUUUAUUAUAUUAUUGUAACAAUAUAAAUGCUAACGUACCAAAGGUGGUAUUUGCGUAUUCUUUUGUUUUUGUUUUUUUUUAUUUAAUUUAUUUAUUUACGUUUUAAUUUUUUUUUUUUUUUGUGUGUGUGUAAGAGAGAAUACAUAAUAAGAGGAAAAAUAACGCGUGACUCAAGUACAUGCAUGUAUAUUAAGUAAUUAUAUAUAAAUUAUUUAAAUGUGUACAUAUAGUAUAUAUAUUAAAAUAUGUUUAGACUUUGUAUAUUGUAAUAAGGUAAAAAAAAAAAAAUGUUUAUAUAUUAAUUAGAGAUCGGUCCAUGCCACUACUUGUUUACUUGUUUUCUCACACAAACUAUAUAUAUAUAUAUAUUUUUUUUUUCGAGUACACAAUAAUACUAUAUAAUUACUAUCAUUGUGUUUAAGAAAAUCCGCAAACUCAUUUUUGAAAAAAAAAAUGAAAAAAUUGAAUGUGCAAUUUCAUCGGCUCCGCGAAUCAGCUGUUUCCGUAUACAUAGGUACGCAGAAAAUCGAUUAUGAUUGUUAUUAUUAUAAUGCAUGCGUGUUAUGCUCACGCAUAAGCGGAAAUUAUUGAUUAUCAGCCCGUUUCAUUAAUUAUAAUUAUUAAAUGCAAAUUAUUUUAUUUCUCUUGUAUAUACAUCAUAGGUAUUCUUUCUAUAUGAAUAUAUUAUAUAAAAUAUAUAAAAAAACAUUUAUAGGAAAAGUGUUUUUCAAAAUUGAAAAUCGUUACGAUUUAUUUUACAUUAUUUCUUCGUAAUAUUGUACAGUUCAGAGAGAUUUUAUUUAUAUAUAUAAAAAACAAUAAUAUUAAUAUUAUAUACAAUUUUAUUAUAUUAUAUAGAAAAAAAGCGUGCGUGUGCUGGUAGAUUCUUCAUUUUAUUAACCAUUUUGUUUUUUCGUUUUUAAUUUUAUCAUUAUUAUUAUUAUUAUUUUUGUAAAAAGAAUUUUUGUAUAAAAAAUUUAUUUAUUCUGCAAAGCCUGGCAAGGAUUACCUCUAAUUUAUUUUUACAUGCUAGGUAAAACAGUGUAAAAAUGAAAAAAACGACAUAUAUACGUAAUUAAUAAGUCUUGUUUAUUUUUUUGAGUCGUGAUAAAUAACAUUGAUGUUGAGUACUUAUAUUGUAAUACCAAAAAAGGAAAAAAUAACAAAAUUUUAAAAAUCAACGUUGACACAUUUUUUAAUUUAUCGACAUUACUUAAUUAAUAUUUUUAAUAUUUUUUCCGAUUAAAAUAUAUAUAUAUAUAUUAUUAUGUAAUAAACGGUCAGUACAAUGAAUAUUAAGAUAACUGAGUGUUGUUAUGCAGCAUUCACGAUAAGUUCCUCCUAAAAUAUUAGAAUUAGUGUUCGUUACAUUUUUAGAUUAAUUAAGUAGAAUUUUAUGUUAAUUAAUUAAAAAAAAAAAUGAACUUUUUUUUUUAAU